GUGUUAGGAGGAUUUUAUUGGGAUUGGGCUGUCUAUCAGCGACGUGCAGGGGUAGGGAGUAGUUGCUUUUUGGAGGUGUGUUUAGACAGAGAGUGCGGGGGAGUGAGCGAGUUGGAGCAGGAAGUGUGUGAGAGUUUGAACAGGUCCCCGGGGUGGAGUCAGCAGAAAGCGGAAAACAGCGCGGCGACAGUCCGUGUCGGGGGGCAGCGGCCGUGGCCGCGGAGAGCUGCCGGGAUUCCGAUGGGUAGGGGGCGAGGCUGAGCUCGAACCGAGUCGGUGGCGGCCGAGGGGCCACGGCGUUUCGGAGCGGAACCAGCGUCAACGUUCAGCGGGCCAGAUGGACGCGCUGUUGCUCACCGCCAACGUGGGCUCCCUCUUCGACGAUCUGGAAGGGUUGCAAUCGAUCUGGUUACAGGAGUUUUAUCAGACUGUGGCCAAGUACAGGCCUCGCUUCAUCGCCAUCCACCUUCAGGAGAUUGGAGGGAAGGACUAUGAAACUGGCAUGGUGCACGUGGAUGCGUUUGUGCAUGGUAUUCUGUCCAGUGAGGAGAUGCGACAGUACGACAGAGUGCGUGUGUACCUCGACGAGCAUUUCUCUGCUCCCAGCCGUUUCACGGCCCUGGGCAGCAUGUACUUCCUACACGAAUCUGUUCAAUCUGUUCUCCAGUUCGACUUCAAAGUCCAAGGGUUCAAGGAGGUGCUGGGCAAGGAGGUUCACAAUGCACAUCUGGAAGGCAACAGUAUGAUGGAGAAGGAAAGGUUCCCGCAGGACUUCUGGCCUGAGUUCAAGUGGUCUCGGAAAGGCUACAUCCGGACGCGCUGGAGAUUCCAGGAUCACGUCUUUGACCUGGUGAACAUACAUCUCUUCCACGACGCCUCAAAUCUCGUUGCCUGGAAAUAUCCGUCUAUCUUCUCGGCCAACAGACAGAAGGCACUGGGCCAUGUGCUCAACAGAAUCACGGACUCCCGCUAUGAGAAGGCACCGUUCCUGAUUUUCGGAGACUUCAACGUGCGGCUGGACACGCAGGGAGUGGUGGAGACACUCUGUUGUCCAUCUGCUGUCCAGACUGUACUGACCAACGACGCUGAAGAUGUGAAGAAGGUUCUCUUUCAGGAGAAGGACAAUGACCACAAGGUCCUGCUAAGGAUCGAAUCAAAGACCUUUGACUACUUUGACCAAGACGUCUUUCGGGAGAACAACGGGAAAGCUCUUUUGAAGUUCGACAAGGAACUGGCCACUUUCAUCGACGAAAUCUGUGAACUUGACAUUCAGUUUCCGCCAAGUUAUCCGUACAGUGAAGUCAACACUGAGGGAACACUGUACGCCAAUACUCGUUGCCCGGCCUGGUGUGAUCGUAUCCUAAUGUCUCCGUCUGCCAUUGAGGUUGUCAUCAAGGGAGAGUAUGUGUACGAUAUGAUGGGACCUGAAGUCUGCAUGGGUGACCACAAGCCGGUGUACUUGUACUUCCAGAUCUGCAUGUGAGGACACGAGGUGACCAGGGAUCUCAGCCUGCAAUGUUCUGAUCUCUCUUGGCCAGCGACAACCCCAGAGCACACCAGCCCGAAGAUCAAGCAGUCUUCUGGUGUUCUAUUCGUUUGAAAGUUCACAGUCCUUUCAAAUUCCUUCAAACCUUACCCCACUGGAUCCCUACACUGACUCUUUCAGAAUAUUCAGGAGUGAUCCAAGGUCCAUGAGCGUUUCUGUCAGACAGUUCCCAAAGAACAACCGGAAUUCCUUUAAGUUUUUAUGCUUUGUACAGAAAAUGGUUGAAGUGAGAGGUCAUUGUAGACCCAUACUGUAUAUAAUCGUUAUUUAUCUAGCUUUAGAUUCCUCUCUGAGAUGGUGAGGGAAGCGGGUGAGGGUUCCUUCCUGUGUGGUAGGGGGUGUAAAUCAUGGAUUACGAUCAACAGGAGGGGGCGGGACUGGGAAUGGAAGUGAGAGUUGGACUUCAAUUCUGAGGCCAGGUGGAGGGAUAUGGAAGGGGGAGGGCUCAUAUUGUCAUGGCAGCACCAUCCUCUCAUAAAACAGCAGCCCUGAGGAGAGGGGAGGGGCAAGGGGUCCGUUGGGAGGUGAAUGCUGGCCAGCGUUCAGUGAUACUCCACUGAGAUCAAGCUUUGGACAAGAGGCCACAGGGAGCGUGUUUUGGAGUUUGACGUCUCCAGCAGCCAAUCUCCACAGCAAUCCUUGUGGUUCACUGCAUCAUAGAGCACUACAGCACAGAAACACCCAAGCCGUUCCGAACUAUUAUUCUACUUAGUCCCAUUAAUCUGCAUCUGAGCCACAGCCUUCCUUCCUCUCGUAACCUCGUACCGACCCAAACUUCUCUCAAGUACUGCCAAAAGACAUAGGAGCAGAAUUAGCCCAGUCUACUCCACCAUUCUAUCCCUCUCAACCCCACUCUCCUGCCUUUGCCCUGUAACCUUUGACACCCUUACCUAUCAAUUUACCUCCAUUUUAUGACUUGGCCUCCACAGCCUCCUGUGGCAAUGAAUUUCAGCAGAUUCAUUUGUGCAAUCGAACCCGCGUCCACCUCUUCCGCUAACAGCUUGUUCCAAACUCGCCUUGUCCUCGGAGUGAAGAAAAUGCCCCUUGGGUUCCCCGUGAAUAGUCCUCCUUUCACCCUUAACCUAUGACCUCUAGUUGCGGUCUUAGUGUGAUUCCACUGCCUCAUGUCCACCCCCACCUCCCCCACUUCAGCCACUAUUUCUGUUUGAUCUUCUUGUAUCUCCAAACUCCAUGCAUCUCUCCUCCCUUGCCACUCAAGGACUGAGGCAGCUUACAGACUCCACACCUACCAGUGCCCAAGGUCAGGUCUGAGCCGGCCGGGCAUCUGCACUGGACUUUUGAGUCGAGUGGUCCCGGGUUCGAAUCCGGCCGGCUCCUUGCACGCCUUCCAUCCAUGCUGGGUUGAGCGUCGAGCCAGCAACUCGGCCUUGUACAUAUGAGAAAACAGACAAAUGGUAAAGAAACGGCAACGUGGUCGUCCGAUAAGCCACACAACAUGGAGAGGAACAACACGCUCACACUCUGGGAGGUUGCACCACCGUAACCCUAACCCCAGGCUCCCACCGCGUUCUGCCCCUCCACGCCCCCAUUCUCAGUGAAGAUAAAGAUUAGCUUUAUUAGCCACGUCUACACCAACACAUACAGAGAAAUGUGUCGUUAGUUAAAGGAGAACCCCCCCACCCAACCCACCUUAUAACCCUCCCCUUAACUCAUUGGAGCUGCUGCCCACUUGGAUCCUGAUUAGUCCGGGCUUCCUGUCGUGGCGAGGGUUUAGGGGGAUAGGAAUCGUUGACAAGGUGCCUGUGCCGAGCUUCUCCCCAAGCUCCUGGGGAUGUCUGUGCAGCAUCCUGGGUGGUGGGUUACAGUGUGCAGUGGAACGGUGUGAGAAACAAUGGGUUAUUGGGCCAAGAUCCCAGAAACCGCCGGCAGUUUUGGAGGGUUGAUGGAUCAGAAGUCCAAUCACUGAGUUUUAUAUGUUUUUUUUUAUAAUUUCUAUAGCAAUGUUAAAUGCCUAUAGUGUGUGGAUUUUGUGUCCACUCUGUCUGGACUUUGUAAAUCCAGAAAUAAAUUCUGGUGUGGGCUCUCUGUGGAA